AUGAUAUCUCCACUUACCACAAACUCAGAGAUUAACUGUAAUGUAAAUAAACAAAUUGAAACUUCCUACACAAACACAAUAUUAGCCCCUAAUGAUAAUACAGAUGAACCGUUCUCUUUUUCCAAAUUGGUUGAAAACUCUGACUCAAGUUUUGAAUUGAAUGAUCUUAAGUAUCAAUACUUGUUAAAACUUAUUGAAGUUAAUAGUGCGACACUUUCAAAUGAUACAGAAGGUAUUCUCAAUUUUUUCAUUAGUAAACUUUCCAAGGACGAGCUUAAAAUGACUUUCCCUGAAUGGCUUUCUUUUACUGUUGAUCAACUAACUAAGAAUUACAAGUAUCAUAUAAAUAGAAAACUAGAAUUAUUGGAUAGGGAAUAUUUGCAGACGGUGAGCACUAUAGAUGGCUUGAAUACAAGCAAUGAACAUGAUUUGAAUACAUUACAAUCACUAGUUCAUUUUUUAGAAAACUACGAUAAUUGA